AUGCUGGAGCGAGAUGCGGAGCCCGAGGCUGAGGCCACAGACCCUAGUCCUGCAGGCAAGGAACCAGUGACCCAAGGCGGAGCUCGCCACCAGGGUUCGUCCCAGAAGCCCCACCAGUCGGCUCCAGGGCCUGCUGCAUCCACAGAGACGCCAUCGCGACCCCGCCGGCGACCCCCGCCCCAACGCCCGCACCGAUGCCCCGACUGUGACAAGGCCUUCUCGUACCCGUCCAAGCUGGCCACGCACCGGUUGGCACACGGUGGCGCUCGCCCCCACCCGUGCCCCGACUGCCCCAAGGCCUUCUCCUACCCUUCCAAGUUGGCAGCCCACCGCCUCACGCACAGCGGCGCCCGCCCGCACUCGUGCCCGCACUGCCCAAAGGCCUUUGGCCACCGUUCCAAGCUGGCAGCCCACCUCUGGACCCACGCGCCCGCCCGCCCCUACCCGUGCCCGGACUGCUCCAAGUCCUUCUGCUACCCUUCCAAACUGGCUGCCCACCGACACACGCACCAUGCCACGGAGGCCCGCCCCUACCCUUGUCCCCACUGCCCCAAGGCUUUUUCAUUCCCCUCCAAACUGGCUGCCCAUCGCCUAUGUCAUGACCCCCCCACCGCGCCGAGCAGCCAGGCCACCGCCCGACGACAUCGCUGCUCCAGCUGCGGCCAGGCCUUUGGCCAGAGACGCCUCCUGCUCCUUCACCAACGCAGCCACCACCAGGCGGAGAGUCCGGGGGAGCGGGAGUGAGCCCUCCCCUUGGCUCACUGGCGCCCUCUGCCGCCAGCUUGGUGGCAUCUCUAAACCAGGCUUGUCUUGUAGCUGGCAGGGAGGCCGGCCCCUCCUGCGUACUACUGGGCUCUGACUUAAAAGGUGGAGGAACUCUUUGCUCACCCACUUUGGGGAAGGGGAGGGAAUGGAUCAACCACAGAGAGUUAACCGGCCCCAAACCAUGGACCUGGAGCUGUGGUGGGAAAGAACUGGCUCUGGUUUUCCCUGAAUAUUCAUCUGGCAAAGGUAGAAGGUCUGCUAGCAUUGUGGGGUGGUGGGGAGUGUGGGAAAACAGCCUCUCUCCUAUUGUUGUACGUUAAAUUGGUGCUUCCGUUUUGGCCAUUUGGCUGUACCUAUGAAAUACUUAAAUGCACUCCUGCUCGUGUCAGCUAUUCCACGUCUAAGAAUGUAUCCUAUAAAUAAACUCAAGCAUGUGAACAAGGCAUAAGGACAAGGAUGUUCGCUGCAGCCCAAAGAUGGAAAGCAACCCAAGUGUUCGUCAAUCGAGACCAGCUAAUUAAUUACAAUACAACCAUAGCAUGGAAGGUGUAGCUGCAGUGGGGAGAAAUCAAUGUGUACCGAUGUGGAAAGAUUCCCAAGAUGUAAAUGAUAAAAGCCAGAACAAGGGGCAUACUGCUGAUAGUAGGUAAAGUCCCAGCUUCGGAGCUAGCCCUGACUCACUGUGUAUGAGCCGGGGGGCCUCGGACAACCCUGGGCACUUCUCUGGACUCAGAUACUUUAUCUAUAAAAUGGGAGGGUUAUAAGGCCCUUGUAAGGGUGCAAGCAUCAUCAUCUUGGGCAAGUCAGUUCCCUUCUGAGCCAGUUUCUCUCACGAUAAAAUCAGAUGAUUGAGCUAACAUUGGACUGCUCUUCAUCCUACACAGUAAGCACCUAUUGUGUGCUAGGACCUGAAUAGGGUAUUAGGAAUACAGCAGUAAAUAAGAUAGACCUGGUUUAGUGAGGAUGGGGGGUCACAGGUCAAGUAAUGAUAAAGAAGCUUAAGUCCAUUUUGAAGAACAAGUGAGGAGCCUUGGUCCUGACACGUGACAACCCCCACCUGUAGAUCAGGGGUUGGCAAACUUUUCCUGAAAAGGGCCAGAUGGUAUAUAGUUUUAGGUUUUGCAGGCCAUACGGUGUCUGCCAUGACUAUUCAACUCUGCUAUUGUAGUGCAAAAGCAGCCACACUCAUGACACAUUAAUGAAUUUGUGGCUGGGUUCCAAUAAAACUUUAUUUCAAAAACAAAUGGGCUGGAUUUUGCCUAUGGACUGCAAUUUGCCGACCCCUGCUGUAGGUGAGUGGGGAAAGGACAGGCUAAUAUGUGAGUUAGCUGAGGUGAAAAAAAAAAAGAA